AUAAAAACCGCAGCCAACUUCCGAGGCGGUCUCAUUGCCCAGCGGCCCCUAGCCUGUGACAGGUUCCAUUCAUCCUCCUUGCCCCGCUCCCCGAGACCCUCUUUAAGAGGCGACUAGAUUCCUCGGUUCCAUCCUGCACACCAUGGACAAGUUUUGGUGGCAAGCAGCAUGGGGGCUCUGCCUCUUGCAGCUGAGCCUGGCGCAGCAGCAGAUCGAUUUGAAUAUAACCUGCCGCUAUGCAGGUGUAUUUCAUGUGGAGAAAAAUGGCCGCUACAGCAUCUCACGGACCGAGGCGGCUGACCUCUGCGAAGCUUUCAAUAGCACUCUGCCCACCAUAGACCAGAUGGUGAAGGCCCUGAACCAGGGGUUUGAAACAUGCAGGUAUGGGUUCAUAGAAGGCCAUGUAGUGAUUCCAAGGAUCACCCCCAAUGCCAUCUGUGCAGCCAACCACACAGGGGUGUAUGUCCUCACAUCCAACACCUCCCACUAUGACACUUAUUGCUUCAAUGCCUCAGCUCCCCUUGGAGAAGACUGUACAUCGGUCACAGACCUACCCAGUUCCUUUGAAGGACAAGUUACCAUAACUAUCGUCAACCGUGACGGUACCCGCUACAGCAAGAAGGGCGAGUAUAGAAAACACCAAGAAGACAUCGAUGCUGCAAAUUCUACAGAUGAUGAUGUCAGCAGUGGGUUCUCCAGUGAGAAGAGCACCCCAGGAGGCUACGUUUUCCACACCUACCUUCCCACUGAACCCUCAACUGGAGACCAGGAUGAUCCCUUCUUCAUCAGAAGCACCCCAACCACCAUUGCCUCAACUGUGCACUCAAACAGCCACGCAGCAUCUCAGAAACAAAAUAAUUGGAUAUGGUUUUGGUUUGGUAAUUCACAAUCCACGACUCAGACUCAGGAGCCCACCACGACAACAACUACAGCCUUGAUGACCACCCCUGAAACACCGCCCAAGAGGCAAGAAGCCCAGAACUGGUUUUCAUGGUUUUUUCAACCAUCAGAGUCCAAGAGUCAUCUUCAUACAACAACGAAGAUGCCUGGUACGGAGUCAAAUACCAACCCAACAGGCUGGGAGCCAAAUGAGGAAAAUGAAGAUGAAACAGACAAAUACCCCAGUUUUUCUGGAUCAGGCAUUGAUGAUGAUGAAGAUUUUAUCUCCAGCACCAUUUCAUCCACUCCACGGGUUUCUGACCACACAAAACAGAACCAGGACUGGACCCAGUGGAAGCCAAGUCAUUCAAACUCAGAAGCACUACCUCAGACAACCACCAGGAUGACUGAUAUAGACAGAAAAAGCACCAUUGCUCAUGGAGAAAACUCGACCUGGGAACCGCAGCCUCCUUUCAAUCACCAUGAGUAUCAAGAUGAAGAGGAGACCCCACAUGCUACAAGCACAACUCCUAGUAGUACCCCAGAAGAAGCAGCUACCCAGCAGGAGAAGUGGUUUGAGAAUGGAUGGCAGGGGAAGUACCCCACCACACCAUCUGAAGACUCCCAUGUGACAGCAGGGGCAACUGCCUCAGCCUACAACAACCACCCAAGUCAAAGAAUGACAACGCAGAGUCAAGAGGAUGUCUCCUGGACUGAGUUCUUCGACCCGAUCUCACAUCCAAUGGAACAAGACCACCAAACAGAAAGGAAUGAUGUGGAUUCCAGUCACAGUACAACCCUGCAGCCUACUGCAGCUCCAAAUACCCAUUCGGCGGAAGACUUGAGCAGCCCAGGACCACUUUCAGUGGCGACUUCACAGAGUCAUUCUCAGAACUUCUCUACAUCACAUGAAGAACUGGAAGAAGACAAAGAGCACCCAACAACUUCUAUCCUGCCAUCCAGCACUAGGGGUGGUGGUGAAGACGGAAGAAGAGGUUCAAGCCUUCCCAAAGACGCAACUACUUCUCUGGAAGGCUACACUCCUCACUACCCAGACACAAUGGAAAAUGGGACUCUCACCCCAGUGACCCCUGCUAAGACUGGGGUCUUUGGAGAAACUGAAGUUACUAUUGCUGCAGACUCCAACUUUAAUGUUGACGGCUCCUUACCAGGAGAUGGAGACUUGACCAAGGACCCCAGCGGGCGUUCAUUCACCGUGACCCAUGGAUCUGAAUUGGAUGGACACUCAAGUGAAAGCCAAGACAGUGGAGCCAACUCUACGCCUGGUCCUGGGAGGAGACCUCAGAUUCCAGAAUGGCUCAUCAUCCUGGCAUCCCUCCUGGCACUGGCUCUGAUUCUUGCUGUUUGCAUUGCCGUCAACAGCAGGAGAAGAUGUGGGCAGAAGAAGAAGCUGGUGAUCAACAGUGGCAAUGGGAAGGUGGAGGACAGGAAACCAAGCGAGCUCAACGGGGAGGCCAGCAAGUCUCAGGAAAUGGUGCAUUUGGUGAAUAAGGAACCAUCAGAGACUCCAGACCAGUGUAUGACUGCUGAUGAGACCCGGAAUCUGCAGAACGUGGACAUGAAGAUUGGGGUGUAGUGCCAACACCAUUAACUUGGAAAGACACCAAAAUUGAAGACAUGUCAUCACUGGGAGCUGGGACCCUUAACAGAUGCAAUGUGCUACUGAUUAUUUUUUAUUGGGGAUAGUUUUAGCUUAAAUUUUUCUAUUCCUUUUACUUUUUUAAAAGUCCAUUCCAAUUUUUCAAAGCAGCAUUGCUUUCUGAAAUGAGGGCCCAAAGAACACUCCAUUAAGAAUUUGAUUUUUCCAGUUCCUUCCUAGAGGUCUUGCAUCUCCAGGGUAUGCUAUGGAUGGCUUCCAGCAAAUGCAUAUUCUUGGUCCCUAUUGAACUUUUUCCCUACCCUAAGUCCCAGGUAACAGCCACCAGCUAGGGACUUUCCCCAGGGCUUAGAGGAAUUGAUCUCUGGGAGGAAAUGUGAAUGGGUCCAUAUUUUCUCUCCAGCAGUCCAGUCCUUGGGCAUUGCUUUCCAGUGGGGUGGGAGAUCAGGUGUACAGGUUACACACCCUUUUCAUAGACUCCCCUCUCUACUGGAAAAUUUUCAGAUGCUUCUGAGAGAUCCCCAAAGGGUGACACUAUUUAUCUGUAGUAAGCUAUUUAUCUUUGUUUUUGAAAUAUCAAACCCUGGAGGUCUUUUGUUCAGUAUGACUUUUUUUUAGUUUACUUUGUCAGAAGCAUAGCAGGGUGUAAGUUGAUUCAUAAUAAACACCUGUCCAUCUUC